CAAACAUUGUAAAUGCAGAAAAGAAAAGAAAAGUAAGAAACCAAUAAGUUGACGUUUGUGAUUUGUGAAUUUUGAGAAUCUGAGGAAUAUACAGUAGUGUUCGACGCCCACUUCCACUCAAACUCAAAAUCCAAAGUCUUGCUAAACCCUAAAUUAAAUUACUACUAAAUUGGUUUUCCUCCCUCCCGCUCCAGGCGUCAACAAUGUCUCUCUACGUUUCUCACCAUUUCACCCUCAAAUUCUCCGGACUCAAUCAAUCCAAGAUAUCUUACUCAGCAAGUCGUUUGAGAAUGAAUAGCUGCAGAAUUUUUGCGGCAGUGUCUGUUGGAGAGGAUGUGUCGAAUUACAUACCAGCAGCUCCUAUAUUGCUGCCUGAAGGGCCAUGGCAUCAGAUUCCAGGUGGAGUUACAGCUGCAAAGGGUUUCAAAGCUGCUGGGAUGUAUGGUGGACUGCGUGCAGUUGGAGAGAAGCCUGACCUUGCACUGGUUACUUGUGAUGUAGAUGCCGUAUCCGCAGGCACAUUUACAACUAAUGUAGUUGCUGCUGCACCAGUACUAUACUGUAAAGAGGCUCUAGAAAAGUCUGCAACGGGCCGUGCAGUACUGAUAAAUGCUGGUCAAGCAAAUGCAGCAACGGGUGAUGCCGGUUAUCAGGAUGUCAUAGAAUGUUCUCAUGCCCUGGCUGAGUUACUGCAGCUCAAGCCAGACCAAGUUUUGAUUGAAUCCACUGGGGUGAUUGGUAAACGUAUCAAGAAGGAAGCACUUCUCAAGUCACUUCCAGAUUUAGUAAAUCUUCUGUCGUCAACUAUUCAAGGGGCAGAUUCUGCUGCUGUAGCAAUAACUACCACAGAUCUUGUGAGCAAAAGUAUUGCAAUAGAAUCUGAGGUUGGAGGAAAGCAAGUAAGGAUUGGUGGUAUGGCAAAAGGUUCUGGGAUGAUUCAUCCUAACAUGGCCACGAUGCUUGGGGUUAUAACAACUGAUGCCUCAGUUACAAGUGAUGUGUGGCGAAAAAUGGUACGAGUUGCUGUCAGCCGUAGUUUCAAUCAAAUUACUGUAGAUGGAGAUACCAGUACUAAUGAUUGUGUCAUUGCUUUGGCUAGUGGCCUUUCAGGAGCAAAUAAAAUAUCAUCUUUUGAUAAUUCUGACGCACAACAUCUGCAAGCAUGUCUUGAUGCUGUAAUGCAAGGUCUUGCAAAGUCAAUAGCUUGGGAUGGCGAAGGAGCAACCUGUUUGAUUGAGGUCCAAGUAUCAGGAGCAGGUACAGAAGCUGAUGCAGCAAAAGUUGCACGAUCUGUGGCAUCUUCUUCGUUAGCCAAGGCUGCAGUAUAUGGCAGGGAUCCUAAUUGGGGGCGCAUAGCUUGUGCUGCUGGUUAUGCUGGAAUUCCUUUUAAUCAAAACAACCUUCGAAUAUCACUUGGUGAUACUAUAUUGAUGGACAAAGGCCAGCCACUGUCAUUCGAUAGGACUGCUGCUAGUAAUUACCUCAGAGAGACAGGAGAGAGACAUGGGACAGUCAUAAUUCAGAUAUCUAUUGGUGAUGGUCCGGGCAUGGGACAAGCAUGGGGCUGCGACCUCAGCUACGAUUAUGUGAAGAUAAAUGCAGAGUACACAACUUGAGCAGAUGGGCUUCACUCUUACAUUAUUAUGGACCUCAGCUACGAUUACGUGAAGAUAAAUGCAGUUCACAACUUGAGCAGAUAGGCUUCACUCUUACAUUAUUAUGAAACCAGCUUUCGGUCUUCAGCCCAGCAGUUGGUCGAUGGAUAAAAUUGUAAUCUGGCAUUAGUAAUCGAUUCAUCUUAGAUAAAGGAAUUUUUACUAAAUCUUGUAUUCUUGUCUGGAUCUUAAUCAGCAGCCUCUAAGCAAGCAAAUGUAGAAGCGAGCAUUUAAAUUGUAAUUGAGGCUGCCAAGAAAAAUGCAAUGACCCGAUUCAAUGCAGCCUACCAAUCUUUAAAACCCAAAA